UUCCAACCGCACACCGAACAAGAUGACUCAAACACUGAAGAUCGCUGCUCUCCAGCUGGGAAGCCACUCCAACAAGAGGGAAGCCAUUACCAAUGCAGUGAACCAGAUCCGUACGGCUGCAAAGGACAGAGUUGGUGAUCCUGCCGGAAUGUUGGAAUUCGCCGUACGACACCAAUCAGUUUGCGCAGAAUGCUGAGCAAAUUCCCAAUGGAGAAACCAGCAAGGCUUUGGCGAAGGCAGCCGCUGACAAUAACAUUUACCUGGUUGGUGGAACGUAUCCCGAGGAAGACGGCGGCAAAGUGUACAACACCUGUCCUGUGUGGGGACCGAAGGGCGAGUUCCUGGGAAAGUAUCGCAAGAUGCAUCUGUUCGAGGUGAACAUUCCCGGAAAGGUCAACUUCAAUGAAAAUAAUGCUUUUACUCACGGAAAUCAUUUCUUGAACUUCAACAUCGGUGACUUGAGGGCUGGCGUGGGCAUCUGCUACGAUCAACGUUUCGCUGAAUUCGCUGCCGCCCAUCGUCAACUCGGCUGUGACUUGUUGAUCUACCCGUCACAAUUCGACACCUACACUGGUCCAAUGCACUUCGAGGUCACUGGACAGGCAAGAGCGCUGGACAACAGUAUGUUUGUCGUUAUGUGCUCUAAGGCACGUGACAACUCGCAGCAUUACGCCGCCUAUGGAUACUCCGCUGUUUGCGAUCCUUGGGGUCGCGUAAUGUGUCGCGCCAGAGAGGACCCGGAAAUGUUGAUCGCUGAUUUGGACUUGAGAAUGCUCAACGAUGUCAAGAAGCAGGUGCCGGUUAUUCACCAGAAGAGGAACGAUAUUUACGAGUUGAGGAUCAAGCAGUGAGCAGUUGAGCUAUGAGCGAAGAAACGCACAAACAAACAAAGGGACAAUUGAAACAAAUGGCACAACGAAUUUUACAUUUGGAAAAGAUAAUAAAAUUUUAUUGCAAACUGUUA